CCCCGUCUAAUCUGGGAAAAAAGGACUGUUAGCGUCUUCCUCGGCCUUGGGAAGACCAUGGCUCUCUCCGGGAUCUGUCGAGAGUCUUUGCUGGUGAUUUUACUGCAAAUCGUGCUGAUUUGCUCUGCUCAGAGGGGCCUGGUCGGUCCCAGAGGCCCCGUGGGGCCGCCUGGAGUGGCUGGUGUGCCCGGAGUGGACGGCAUUGAUGGCGACAGAGGAGAAGACUCCACAGUGACUGGCGGACCAGGCCCUGAUGGUGAUAACGGCAAAGACGGAGUUGCUGGAGCUGCAGGCCUUCCAGGCGCAGAUGGACCUGUUGGACCUCCUGGAGAUCCAGGCCCAGUGGGUCUAAAGGGGGGAAAAGGACCUGUUGGACCUCCUGGAGAUCCAGGCCCAGUGGGUCUAAAGGGGGGAAAAGGAGAUCCAGGGGCACGUGGGCCUCCUGGGGAGCCUGGUGUAGGACCUGAUGGGCUUGAUGGUAUUCCUGGUACAGACGGGCUGCCAGGUGAACUGGGCAAAGUUGGACCACCUGGUGCGAGAGGCAAGAGAGGACAAGUGGGUCUUCCUGGUCCUGCUGGACCACGGGGUCCUCCAGGCAUAUACCAAGGCGAGGAACUGUGUCCCAACGCCUGCCCCUCUGGUCUGCAUGGACAUUCUGGUCUCCCCGGCAUGAAAGGCCACAAAGGGGUUAAAGGUGAAUCUGGAGAGCCCGGAAGGCAAGGACACAAGGGAGAGGAGGGCGAACAAGGGCAGCCGGGUGAAGUUGGAGCUCAAGGACUACCAGGCCCUGGUGGAGCAAGAGGCCUCCCAGGAAUAAUGGGCUCCAAAGGGGACAGGGGGCCUCGAGGAAUAGCUGGCGAAGCAGGACCUCGUGGAAUCCAGGGUGCCCCAGGCGAUCCAGGCCAAAGAGGAGCCAUAGGUGAGCUCGGGCCAACGGGAGUGCAGGGGGAUCGAGGUCCACCUGGAAUCAGAGGAGUGCCAGGGCCAAAAGGAGAGCCUGGCCUCCCUGGUCCAGAUGGCCGUGAGGGAAUACCUGGGCUGCCAGCGACCAAGGGUCUUCCAGGGAAAAGUGGAGCUCCAGGAGAUGCUGGUCCACAAGGACUUCCUGGUGUACCAGGCUCUUAUGGCCACAAAGGAGUCAGCGGCCCAAAGGGUGUCACAGGUGAUCCAGGUGUUGUAGGACUGAUGGGGUCACCAGGAAAACAAGGCGAGCAAGGCGAGCAGGGAGAGGUGGGACCUGGCGGACCCAGAGGAGGACCAGGUGAACGAGGGCCGAGAGGGCAUGACGGGCCUGCAGGAUUACCAGGAGCAAGGGGACCCAAAGGCGAUCCGGGCCUUCCAGGUCUACCUGGCCCUGCUGGUUAUCUUGGCCAGAAGGGCGACAGGGGUGCAGUCGGUCUUGAUGGUCCAAAGGGAGAGCAGGGACCUGCAGGUGCUGAAGGAACACCAGGAGAGACCGGAGAACUGGGUGAGCAAGGAGAAGAAGGAGAAAAAGGAUCGACAGGCCCACCAGGAGAGACGGGAAAUAAAGGACCUGAGGGCAGCCGAGGACAGCAUGGGAAAGAGGGCAAGUCGGGCCAACCGGGACCACGCGGCAUGCAGGGCGACAUGGGGGUACCAGGCUUGCCAGGGGUGCAGGGACCAGCGGGAAAAUCACCAACAGAUACACACAUCAAACAAGUCUGCAUGAGGGUAAUGCAAGAGCAGCUGGCCCAGCUAGCAGCUAGCCUGAGCAGGCCUGAGUCAGGCAUCUCUGGGCUACCUGGUCCCCCCGGCCCGCCUGGACCUCCAGGCCCCACAGGAGAGAACGGUUUCCCCGGACACACUGGAUCGCGAGGGCUGCCCGGGCUGAAGGGUCCAGCUGGGGUAAUGGGUCGCAAAGGAAUCAAAGGUGACCAAGGUGACAAAGGAGACAGAGGACCCACAGUGAUAGGACCCAAAGGAGCACCAGGAUCCCCCGGUCUAACAGGUGAACCCGGUCGACCGGCUUACGGCAAAGAUGGUCGUGACGGAGAAAGGGGACCCCGUGGUAUUCCCGGUGCAAUCGGCGUCCCUGGGCCUCCCGGUUCUGCCGGUAUGAAUGGUUACUGUGAGUCGUCACAGUGCGUCCUGCCCAUGGUGGCAUCGCCUGUUUCUGCAAAGGACUCCAGCAUGAAGGGCCCCAAUGAGAUGUGA